AUGGGGAAUGACAUUUCGUCGUCAAUGUCGUCAAUGGAAUCCAAGUUGAAUUACUUGUUUUUCAUUUCGUGCGCGAUAGCGCCAUUGUCCAUGGUGGGUUCGUCGUUGACACUGCGAGCGAUUUAUCAUCACGACGGUCCCUUGACGACGUACCAACGUCUAUUGGGUGGAUUGAGUUGUUGCGAUUGGAUCAUGUCGUUGGCAUUGGCGUUUGGUCCGUUGCCCAUGCCAUCCGAAUUACAAGAGUAUGGAGUACCGGGAGCGCAUGGGACACAACAAACGUGUACCGCUCAGGGAUUUCUACUGCACAUUGGCUGUGGUAGUUUUGUCUAUUCGGCCAUGCUCCUGUUCUACUUUGUGCUGGUCAUUCGAUACAAUGUCACCAGUCGGUUUCUCGUCAGACGAGUCGAACCUGUCAUGCACGUGUUGGGUGUGGGAUUUUUUGGCGCCACUGCGGUGGUCGGACUAGUGUGGCAAAUCUUUAAUCCGUCCGGAGUCCAAUGCUGGGUCGGUGCCAUGCCACUGGGAUGUGAAGAUGACGAUGCCGGCAUCGAGUGUACACGAGGACCCAAUGUCAAAAUCUUUGGACAGUGGAUGCUCGUCUAUCCCUACAUCUUCUGGGUCUCCUUUACCAUUGUCUGUACCAUGGUCAUUGCUCUCACUGUAUACACACAGUACCGCACCAGAUUUGCGCAUGUCUUCAAACCCACCAGUACCGGUACUACUACUACUACACCACUCCCCGAACGCUCUUCUUCCAUGUACCGCAUGAUUAGUUUUCGAACGACACCAUCCUCUUCUGUAUUGAACGCAAACAACAACAACACCACUCCAUCACGAGGACAAGAAAAGUUACUAAAACAAGCCGUCAUUCAAUCCAUGCUCUACGGUCUCUGGUUUCUCAACUUUUCCAUUUGGGCACUCCUCAGUUUUUGUUUUCAUUUGGCGGGCACCGAAAUGGAUUCCCUCGGCAACCAUUUUUGGUUGACGGCCAUUCAACUCACACUCUUUCCCAGUCAAGGCAUUUUCAAUUUUGUCAUUUAUAUUCGACCCACGUAUCUCAAUAUACGACGGACAUUUCCCACUGCGGGACGAUGGUUUGCCGUCAAGGAAGCUGUCUGGCAUCCCUUUGCAUCCGCCCAAGAACGGAAUCAACAUUACUCGAAGCAUUCGUCGUCUCACAAUCAACAUCACAACUCCUCCUCACAACAGCAACGACCGGUACAGGACGAUCCCAGUAGUACUCUGCCAUGGAGGAGUGCCGAACAAGUGCCGCAGGAACAGCACUGUCCGGUUCCAGGCGCUACAACUCACGACGACAACAUCAAUCAGAACAACACGACAACCAUCAUCGCCACCAAUCAUCCUUGUCCAGUGGCGUCAGCGCUAGUAUUGAUAGAAGAAGAAGAACCACGUGCAGCACCUGGGGACGGCCUCCGGUUGGAUGCGUCGUCGUCCAACCACAAUGCAUCGCAGCAACAAAAAGAAAAAAGACGGCAAGAAAAGGAGUCCGACAACCAACAAGACGAAGAUGGAAUCGAAACGAUCGCAUAG